UUCUCUGCCUCUCCUGAUAUUCUUUAAAAAUCAUGUUUACUAAAAUUUUUUGCUGCUAGACUUGUAAAACACUUCGACUUUUGCACCUGGACCAUUUACGUAAAGCCAAAGAGCUCAAACGCAAGAUAUCAAAGAUACAGCAGCAGCAAGAAGAGGAAGAACGACAACGUCAGCAACAGUUAUUAUUAAUGCAACAGCAAGAGCAGCAGCAACGACAACAGCAGCAACUAGCACAGCAACAACAUGAUCAAUAUCAGCGAAAUGUACGACAAGGCGGUGGUGUCAAUAAUAUUAGCAGCUUUGACAUGAAUGGGUUACGCCACGCACUUCAACCAAAUAGACGAUUCCAGCAACAGCAGCAUCCAAGCAAUGGCGCAAUGUCGCCAGCCAUCGGUGGUUCGUACGCUGUGCUUCCACCAGAUGGUAGACUUGAUGAUGACGACGAAGAUGAUUCGGAUCCAUUCAAUAAGUUUUGGGAAGUUGUCGAAACAUUAGUGGAUAAACUUUCGAAUCCAGUUGCAUUUGCAUCGGCACCGUUGAAUGAAAACGAUAACCCAACGCCAGCAUGGCAUCAGCAACAACAGCAACAGCAGGAGGAGGAAGAGGAUGAUGGCAUGGCAGCAAAAAUGGUCGAGUCGUAUUUCUUCGUACCUGAGCCAAUACAAGGAGGAGCAGAUGGUGGUGGCAUUGUAGCUGGAGGAGCUACAAGUGGAGUUGCUGUGAGAAACCACGUUUACGCUGCUGAAAACGAACAGCUUAAGAAGAAGAUUGAGCAGCUCGUGCGUCGAGUGCACACAUUGGAAAAGACGGCAGAGGAAAGCAAUAUGUUGAAGAGCAGUAUUCUUCAAUUCCGCAAUGAUGUUCAAAAACAAGCCAAACGGAUCAUGCAGAGUCAAGAUUAUUCCCAUAUGCGUGCAUCUUCAUCAGCAGCUCUUAUGGCCGCAAGCAGCAACACAGCGCCUUACAGUAGCUACAUGCGACCGUCUUCAGGCGAUCUCGUUGCGCGCGUCAAAGAGUUGGAGGAUGAAAACCGCCAGUUACGCAUGCAAAGCGAAAAGCAGCAGGCACUGAUGAACAAGUAUCGUGAGCGAUGGGAAAAACUGAAAGAAAGCGCGAAAAAACGACGAGCACAACAACCUGAUCAACAAGAUACCACAUCAAUAUCAUCGUCGUCUUCAACAACAGCUGCUGCUACUGCUUCAUCGAACAGUAGGACUCAUUACACAAAGUUGGCGAGCUGCUCAUCCGAGUAUGCGAAUGGCAGCAGUAGUAGCAACAACGGCGCUAGACAACCGACUUUGUUACGAUCACUUGCGCAGCAAUCCUCACCUAGCACCAACUAUCCACCACCAUCACUGCCCUUUGCAGACCCUUCUAGACGGCCGGGAUCACCAGGGAAAGGACCAUCAUCUAGUAGCUAAAACUAUACACGCAUCUUCCGAGCCCAAAAGAGCAGCUCCUUAUAUACCCAUACCCCACCAUCAGCGUUUUGGCAAAAAAAAAAGUUAAAAGAACCUUCUAUA